UGCCGGCACAGUUGAAUUCAAACAAGCGAACUAUAAACUUCUCUUACCUCGCUAGCAAGCGAACCUCAUACGCGUUCUACGCAUUUAUAAAAUACUUACAAGUUUAUUUGUGACAAGUGAAAAAAAAACGACUAAGAUGGCAUUAGUACCAUUGUUGUUCUCAAACUGGUGGGAAGACUUGGAAGCUCCUCACCGUCUCCUGGACCAGGACUUUGGAUCAGCUCUGACAGCUGACCAAUUACUGACACCAUCUGUCCUGGAACGUUAUUUGGCACCACGUGCAGCUCUUGAACGUCGUCGCAAUCCUUUGGCAUACUACCGACCCUGGGCAGAACUUCUUCGUCGUGGCGACACUGGAUCUUCAACCGUAAAAGCCGACAAGGACAGAUUCCAAGUUAUCCUAGAUGUCCAGCAGUUCAAGCCUGAGGAAAUAAACGUCAAGGUUGUCGACAAGUGCGUCGUCGUCGAAGCUAAACACGAGGAGAAACAGGACGAGCAUGGAUGGAUCUCCAGACAGUUUGUACGCAAGUACAUGAUACCUGAGCAGUGCGACAUUGAUCAGGUAAACUCCAGCUUGUCAUCUGAUGGAGUCUUGACCAUCACAGCUCCUAGAAAAGACAUUCCUAAAUUGGAGAACGAACGUCAGAUUAAGAUAGAGCACACUGGAAAACCAGCUAUCCGCGAGUCCUGUGAGAAGGAAGCCUGUGCCAAAGAAGCCUGCGUCAAGGACUGCAAAAAAGACGACAAGAAAAGCAAGAAAUAAAUUUUUUUUUGCCUAGUAUUUAUCUUUACUGUUCUUUAUUAUUAUUAUUAAUUUAUAUUAUAUUUUUUUUUUAAAUGAGAUUACCGACUGACUUGUACAGCGUAACUAUCAUCUAAUACUUUCAUAUAAAACUAAUGUUUAAUUUCUAGUUCAUUAAAAAUUAAAAAUUUUUUUUGUACUUCAAGUCACUAAAUAUAUAAAUUUUGUUAAGAUUAAUGUAAAAUUUUAAGUUAUAAAAUAAACGAACAAAAAAAAAAAGAGAGAGAAAUGAAAAAGUUAAAAAUAAAUAAA